AACAACGCCAAUCAGCCGCGGCGCUACGGCGGGGUGUCUCUCCGUCUCAGCGCAGUCUGCAUGCGAGAUCAGCAGAGGAGAAGCCCAAGAUGGCAGCGUGAGGAUGAGACUGCCCACCUCGGUCCUAGUGUCGGUCUCUCUGUUCACAGCCGAGACGACGGCUGCGCUUUACCUUAGCACUACGUACCGCUCGGCCGGAGACAAAAUCUGGCAGUGCUUCACGCUGCUGUUCACGCUGGUGCCCUCCGUCCUGGUGCAGCUCACCCUCAUCUUCAUCCACAGAGACCUGAGCAGAGACAGGCCGCUCGUGCUGCUUCUCCACAUUUUACAGCUGGGACCUAUUAUCAGGUGCCUAGAUGCCUUCUGUAUCUACGGAAGCUCAGGGAAGGUGGAGGAGCCUUAUGUCACCAUUACACGCAAGAAGCAAAUGCCCCGCAGUGGUCAGACAGAGGAGGUGGAGCAGGAGGUGGGGCAGGCGGAGGGCAAGCUGGUCACCCACCGGGCAGCCUUUGCUAGAACCUCCGUCAUCCAGGCCUUCCUGGGCUCCGCCCCUCAGCUCACACUGCAGCUCUACAUCUGCGUGCUGCAGAGGGGUGUUUCCAUUGGGAGAGGCACGCUGAUGGUCAUCUCUCUGCUGUCCAUUGUGUAUGGUGCACUGCGCUGCAACAUCCUGGCCAUCAAGAUCCGCUACGACGACUAUGAGGUUUCAGUACAUCCAGCGGCAUACCUAUGCGUGUUCUUGUGGCGCGGCUUCGAGAUCGCCACGCGAGUGGCUGUGCUAGUGCUGUUCAGCUCUGUGCUGAAGGUGUGGGUGCUGCCCUUGGUGCUGAUCAGCUUCCUGAUCUUCUUCUUGCAGCCGUGGGUGCGCUUCUGGAGCAGCCACUCACCCUUCCCUGAGAACAUUGAGAAGACACUGACACGUGUGGGCACCACCAUUGUGCUCUGCAUGCUCACCUUCCUCUACGCUGGCAUCAACGUCUUCUGCUGGUCGGCAGUACAGCUCAAGCUGGACGACCCGGACCUCAUCGACAAGGGUCAUGGCUGGCGCCGGUCGGCCACCUACUACUCGCUGCGUUUUGUUGAAAACGCGGCGCUCACCUCGCUCUGGUAUGUCCACCGCACUGACUUCUACCGGCAGGUGGAUGCACCCGUGCUGGAGCUGCUGCUGCUGCUGGGCUAUGUGCUGGCUGUCUUCUUCAUGCUGCUUUUCUACCAGUGUUGCCACCCCUGCAGGCGCCUCUUCUCGUCCAGCCCAGCACAGGGGCUGUGGGAGUGCUGUGGGUCACUAAAGCUGCCCGCUGGACCCUACUCCCCACCUAACCUGCCGCAGGACAAGCCUGGCCUGGAUCAGCCCGAAACAGCCAAAGACGCAGUUACCAAUGGAGAGGUCAACCAGAGUCUGUGCUGAAUAGAACAGCUAAAGCACAAAAAAGUGACCCUUAUGGACCUGAAUUUUGAUUAGCCAAUGAAGACAUUCAAAGCUCUCUUUGCCUUGAUGGUCUAAGGAAUGUAUGAAGGGGUCUUUCUCAGACUCAGCGAAGGCAAGAUUCCCCCCCUUUUUUUCCUUUCAGUUUACAAGACGAUAGCGUUUGCUGUCUUUGUGGCAUGGGGUUCUUGAUGCAUGUGCUAUCUUUUAUCCUUAAGAAAAUGAAAUCGCUGCUUCUGUUGUGUAACGUGGGAGCUCUCUGUCUGUCUGUUUGUCUGUCUCUAUGUCUUUUGAGCUCUCUUUUUUAACAAGAUCAAAUAUUUGAAAGGUGUUAAACAAAAUAAUGGAAACACCAUUAAGUCCUGUUUUGAAUGCUUUUUGAUAGUUUUGAACAGUUUGUAGAAGAGUAUCAAAGUGUUCAUGAAAGAAGAAUAUAUUUACCACCAAAUUUAAUGGUUGGGAAGUGGCAAUACGAGUUGACGGCUCAAAAUGUCAACAAGACAGUAUAACAGGCUGUUUACAACUUGCAUUAACAUGCGUUUUCGUUAAUUGUAUCAGGUUUGGAUUUCACUUGACUUUUCACUUGACUGUAUAAAAAAGCCAGGUAUAAACACACCCAGAACACAGAUAAAGAUUGGGUUGCUCAGACCACAUUUGAAGUGGUCAGAGACAAAUCUGAAGCGUAAAUGGAAUAUGUACAUUUACGUCUUCUGUGUCUCAUGUCCUCAAGACAGUAGUGGCGCUGCUUGUUUUAAAAGUUUUUUCCAAUAUUUGACAAUGUGUAAUCCACUGGUAGUAGCAUGUUAGAAACCAUGUUUACAGCCUCGUGUAAGUUUUGUCUUAACUGUUACACUGGUAUGCAAGAAAUAAGUUAAAAUAACGUAGCGCGCAAACUGCGUAUACGAUGCUAUUGCUAGCCCAUUUAGCAGGGUGACUACGUUGUAAGCUGUAGUCAUGUUUUGCAAGAAAAUUAAGACACCAGACCCUCAGUCACCCAGAUAAAUGCCUGCAUCAGACGAAGGUUUUGUGCUCCAAAUAAGCACACUAGCAAACUAGCUGGUAUUGAAGUGAUUGUAAUAUUUUCGAAAUUCCAUCAGUGUCCGCAUGAAUGUAUGGGAUGCAUGUAUAAUACAAAUGUAUAAGACAAAUGGCUUGAGAAAUUCAACAGUGCUGAAGUUAACUUCUUAUUCCAGUUUUGUCCCUUCCUUAAAUGUGAGGCAGUCCAUUCCACUCAGUGACUGCUGGGAUAGGCUCCAGUACCCACCGUGACCCAGGAGGAUAAGCGGAUAAGUGUGUGUGUAAUACACUGCCCAUUCCUAACCAAAGGGUGAUUGUGAUACGGUUUUUAUGCAGGAAUGUAAAAUCAGAUCUUAUCUGGUCACACUGGGGACGCAUUUAGUAAAAUGUGUAAAUGCAUUCCAGCCAAAGUAUAUCCAGAUUUGGACAAGAAGCACAUGUUAAUGCAAGGUGUAAACAAACUCUAUGAGUCAUGAAACUCUUACUUUCGUCUUGUGGUCAAAUGUUCAGGUUUUGUGUUGCUGAAGCCAGGGGCGUCACUAGAGGGGGGGACUUAAGCUUAAACAACUCUCUCACUUUCUUUUUGAUCACUUGAUCUGCUACUUUCAGCCCUGUCAGUCUCCUUCAGCUUCUUUCUCUAUCUGUGUUUAGUAAUAUUUUUUUUUAUUUAUUUUUAUUAAAUUCAUAUUUACAAGAAUUCAUUAACUAAAAAUAAUAAGAGGUCAGUUUUUCCAUUUACAGUUUGAGGAUUUGAGGGAUAGAAAAUUUAAUUUUGGUCAACAUCAUAUGACCCUUUCUCUGACAUUAAUUUACUGUAAGCAACAAAAUAUGGCUAAUACUUUGUUUCCAAAAACUAAAGAGAAUAUAAAAACAAAGAAUAUAAAUGUCAGUAACAUUAUUUCUGUCUGUUUGCUCAUUCACACUCUCACACUCUCCCUACGAAGUGUCGUUUCUUCAAAAUCUUAAACUGCUUGGCUUGUAGCUAAUAUUAGUAUUAGCUUAACCCCUUUUUUAGCCUUAUGUAAACCCAAAGUUAACUCGCUAACAAGCACUCAGUAAAAACCCAGUAUAGCCAACUAUACUGACCAUAAUUUGCCACAAAUCCAUAUCAUAGGUGAAUAGUCACUCUGUAACUACUUACUGUUUCUGUAUAUUAUGGAACUCGUAUAAGGUAUAAUGUUUAUUUUAAUGAGCAUUUGCCACAAGUCCAUCAUAGCUUCAGCAGUUGUCGGCUCACGUUACUUUGCAGAGCAAGUUAAACCCGAACCCCUCCCCCAGGUCUGAUACGAUUGGCUUACAAAUUACACAGUCUGAUUUGAUUGCCGGGGGUUCAGCUUUUCACGUGAUGUUAGUUAAUCUCUGGUAGCACAUCAGAGGUAGCGCUGCAUUAGAGCAGCAGCAGCGUCUCCCCCCAAGUCACACCCUGCUGUCACAGUAUACUACGAAGUUGGAGACGUGAUGGCACAGCUGAAUAAUGAAGAAUGAAAGAGAAUAAACUAUAGAGGAUUUGAACUGGUAAUGUACAUUUAUUUGAGAAAGGGGACAUAAUAAUGUUUGGUUGGGGGGAGGGGGAUGGGGCUAAAGCCCCCCUAAAUCUGGCCUAGCGACGCCCAUGGCUGAAACCAGGUUAUAAGUUGAGUUUCGCACUUUUUCUUGCAAGUAGCUGGCAUAAUAUUGUUAGAAUAUUUUUAUAGCACUAUCUUUUCUUUAAAUGUCUAUCAGUGGCUAAGCAGUGAGCUUCCAACUGCAACCACUUUUCCAGUUUUCCAAAUGCAGUGAG